AUGGACAGCUCCAUAGGAACGAAGAUAGAAGACCUCCGGUUACCCAAUGUUGCCAGUCAGAAAUUUUGUGACGCCAGAGAAAACGAAUUCGGCGCAUAUGGCAUUUAUGAGCUUCCCAUUAGUAGUACCCUGAAGGCAAGACUCGGCGUAAUCUCUUCUCUCGAGAGCGUACAGGCAACGGCCGAUACACUCCACCGAGAGUCCCUGACUAAAGAGGUUACAUCCCCGGAUGAGAUGGGCAACGCUGCACCGACCAAAGAAGAACUCAGUGAAUCCUAA